AUGACUCUUUGCAGCAUCGCCGGCACCCUUCUUGGGAUGAGAAGCAAGGACUCGAGCUGUGUCCUCGUUCCCAUGACAACGACUCACCGGGAUCAUGUUUGUCAGGUUUUCCAGAGGCUGAGAGAGAAUCACUUGUACGCCAAGCUCGAGAAAUGCUUGUUUGAAGUGAAAGAAUUGCCUUUUCUAGGGUAUAUAGUCUCUAAACGAGGAUUGGCGAUGGACCCCUCCAAACUCUCAGCGGUCCUGGACUGGCCUCAGCCUAGAGAUCUGAAGGGAUUACAGCGUUUCCUCGCCAAUUUCUAUCGCAAAUUUAUUAAGAACUCUUCUGCUGUAGUGCUGCCUCUCACUAACCUCACUAAGAAGGGGAUGAACCCUUCUAAAUGGACGAAAGAGGCUGGCAAAGCCUUUGAGACCCUAAAGCAAGCCUUUUGCUCAGCUCCAAUCCUCACUCAUUCAGACACUUCUUAA